GUGGGACCAGGGUAGAGAACCUCGGAGAGGAGCUAGCCAGGAGACGCCGGAGUGCCCAGAGGUGAGGCGCUCGCGUGCGCCCACUGGUGGCCGGAGGGGAAGGCGCCCGCGAAGGCCUUGCUCCCCGCCUCUCCCCUGGCGAGGCUCGCGCUCCCGCUGCUCGCGCCUGCGCCUCCCGCCGGCCUCGGGUACGCGCCCUCUUGCCGGCGCGCGCUCGCAGUCACCGCCACCCACCAGCUCCGGCACCAGCAGCUGCGCUGCCACCACCUCCCACCUUCUGCCGCCGCAGCCACAGCCACCUUCUCCACUGUCCUCGCCUUCCGUCGACUAUCAGCAGAUCCCUGAAGCACAGGCCCUGGAAGCUGCCGAUGGGUGCCCACCCUGCGGUACCCUCCCUCUGACAAGUGAGCCUUUAACUAGGAUGGCUGAGCCCCGCCAGGAGUUUGACACGAUGGAAGAUCAUGCUGGGGACUACACCCUGCUUCAAGACCGGGAUGGGGACACAGAGCCUGGCCUGAAAGAGUCUCCCCUGCAGACUCCUGCUGAUGAUGGAUCCGAGGAACCAGGCUCUGAGACCUCUGAUGCUAAGAGCACUCCGACGGCCGAAGAAGUGACUGCACCUUUAGUGGAUGAGAGAGCCCCUGGCAAGCAGGCUGCCGCCCAGCCCCACAUGGAGAUCCCAGAAGGAACCACAGCUGAAGAAGCAGGCAUUGGAGACACCCCAAACCUAGAAGACCAAGCUGCUGGACAUGUGACUCAAGUUUCCACAGAGACCCUGGCCUCACCACCUGACAGGCCUGGCACAGGGCCCAUGGUGGAUGGGCAUGGGGCUGUUCCCGAGUUCACAUUCCACGUGGAAAUAAAAGCUAAUGUGCAGAAGGAGCGGGCAUGUUCAGAGCCGGAUUUGGAAGGGGCCAUACUUCCGAGGGCCCGAAGAGAAGAGCAAGAGGCCUUGGGCUCUUCUGUGGAAGCCACAAAGGAGGCUGACCUUCCUGAGCCAUCUGAGAAGCAGCCUGCAGCUGGUCUGCCGGGGAGAUCUGUCAGCCGGGUCCCUCAACUCAAAGCUCGCAUGAUCAGUAAAGGCAAAGACGGAACUGGAAAUGAUGACAAAAAAGCAAAGGGGGCUGAUGGCAAAACUGGAACCAAGACCACUACACCCCGAGGAGCAGCCCCUCCAGGUCAGAAAGGCGCUGCCAACGCCACCAGAAUUCCAGCCAAAACCACACCUACCCCAAAGACAUCGCCUAGCACUGGUGAAUCAGCAAAAUCUGGGGAUCGCAGUGGCUACAGCAGUCCUGGCUCCCCAGGAACCCCUGGCAGCCGCUCCCGCACCCCAUCCCUGCCAACCCCACCCACCCGGGAGCCCAAGAAGGUAGCAGUGGUCCGCACUCCACCCAAGUCACCAUCCUCCACCAAGAGCCGCCUGCAGACUGCCCCUGUGCCCAUGCCAGACCUGAAGAACGUCAAGUCCAAGAUCGGCUCUACCGAGAACCUGAAGCACCAGCCGGGAGGUGGGAAGGUGCAGAUAAUUAAUAAGAAGCUGGAUCUUAGCAACGUCCAGUCCAAGUGUGGCUCAAAGGAUAAUAUCAAACACGUCCCGGGCGGCGGCAGUGUGCAAAUAGUCUACAAACCAGUGGAUCUGAGCAAGGUGACUUCCAAGUGUGGCUCAUUAGGCAACAUUCAUCAUAAACCAGGAGGUGGCCAGGUAGAAGUGAAAUCUGAGAAGCUGGACUUCAAGGAUAGGGUCCAGUCGAAGAUCGGGUCCUUGGAUAAUAUCACCCAUGUCCCUGGUGGAGGGAAUAAGAAGAUCGAGACCCACAAGCUGACUUUCCGAGAGAACGCCAAAGCCAAGACAGAUCACGGGGCAGAAAUUGUGUACAAGUCGCCGGUGGUGUCUGGGGACACGUCUCCGAGGCACCUCAGCAAUGUCUCUUCCACUGGGAGCAUCAACAUGGUGGACUCGCUCCAGCUCGCCACUCUAGCUGAUGAGGUGUCUGCUUCCCUGGCCAAGCAGGGUUUGUGAUCAGGCCCCCGGGGAGGUCAAUAAUCAUGGAGAGAGAAGAGAGUGAGAGAGUGUGGGAAAAAAAGAAUACUGAUCUGGCCCUUCGCCCUCUGCCCUCCCCCGCUGCUCCUCACAGACGGUAAAUAGGGACAUCACCUGACCUGCUUUUGUAGCUCAGCUUGGUUCGGGACUUCAAAAUCAGUGAUGGGAAUAAGAGCAAAUUUCAUCUUUCCAAAUUGAUCAGUGGGCUAAUAAUAUUUUUUAAAAUAUGUAAAAACAUGGCCACACCCAACAUUUCCUGGGCAAUUCCUCCCCGCCCCCCCAGAAGAAGAAAGUGAAGGAGAGGCUUAGAAAGCUGUUUUGGGGGUUUCAAGGGAGUGGGGUGCUCACUGCCUCUGGCCCCCUUCUGGGGGUGUCACAGGGACAGCAGCAGCAACAAAGGAUGUGAAACUUGGUAUGUAUGUGGAGCUACAGGCAGUGACGUCAGCCAUGGAGAGGGUGGCAGGGGCCAAGGUCAGGGUGGGAAAGGGAGGAGAGGCUGGGUGUGAGGGACGAAUGAACAGGAUGGGAAAGGGGGACACUGCUCCCCUGUGUCAGGGGAAGGGCAAGCCAUCUCAGUGACCCACCAGUCUCCCACCCUAUGGCUUUUCUUGGCGGGCUCUGCUGUGGGUGGUGUGCUCCCCUCUGGAGGGUGUCCUGUGGUGGGACAGUGGUCAGGAGAAGGAAGGUCAGCAGGAGGUGGCACCUUGUGGAUUACUUCUUCAAAGACUGACCUUUACGCUCCAGAACUCCAGCCUUUUUCUUCCUCCCUUGCAGGGUAGGAGUUCUAGGCCAAGGUGGCGCUCCCCCCCCCCCCAGAAACCCUGAAGGGUACCCAGAGUUCUGAAGUUGGAACUGCAGCCCCGAUUUUGGUCACCUCACAGACCUGGGACUUUAGGGCUAACCAGCUCUCUCUGCAAGGACUUGUCUCUUGGGAGAUAUCCUUCCCAGCUCCGGCUCCGGCAUCUAGGGACUGUGGGGGUGGGCUAUGUCUGGGAGGUGGGUCUUGAGCCUCCCAUCCCUUCCAUGGCCACUGCAGCCCCCCUGCCUGUUGCUCUGGGCCCAUGUCUGCUGUGAGCCCAGUCAUGGUCCCACCCCUCAUUACAUCAGACUGGCCAAGUGCCCCACCUCCCCCACCCCAGUCAUGGACACUGGUUAGAUGUGGAGGCACCUGCACUGCAGUUGAGUGUCCAGGUACAACGGCUAGGGCUCAGUCUCUAGCUCUAAGUUCCACUCAUCCAACUGAGGUGCCUGUCACAGGAAAUCUAGUGACCUCGUUUGGUAGUCUCCCCUCUCUUCCAUCACAUGUAAGCCAAGAUGGGGCUGUUCGGGGUUGAUCUCAGAUGUUUUUUGCCUUGUUAACUUGGAGAGUCUUUUUCUUCCCAGAGUCUUUUCUUCCUAUGUUGAGCUGGCAGCAGAAGGAGGUGUGGGUCCUGGUUGUCAAUGAUGGCACCAGGAUGGGCAAGACUUCCAGGGUAGGGUCACACUGCCUCUGUCCCCCACUCUACCCCAGUUUGUGAUUGCCAACCCCCAGUCUCAUAUGCUGUUCAACUCCACACACAUGGAAUCAGCCCUCCAUACCCCAAAAUGAAGAACGUGCCCCUUGGAAAUGCUUCUUAACCCCAGUCCCAGCUGGAAGUGACGCUGUCUGGUCUGUGGGAGCAGCCGAACAUAUAAAUAGAUGUUGCCCUUCCCUCCCCAUCUGCACCCUGUUGCAUUGUGAUUGGACUUGUCUUUUUAUGUUUGGAUUCAUAAGAGUGACUAUGAUAGUGAAAAGAAGAAAAAAAAAAAAAGGACGCAUGUAUCUUGAAAUGCU